GGAGAGGGAUUAGUGAUGUGUUUAGGGGGUUAGGUAUUUGACCCUAUUGUAAUCUAGACAUAAGUGACACAAAGCCAGUGGAUAGUAACAUAUGUUACUAUAUAGUUGGUAUCACAGCCUGAAUCAAUAACAGUGUCAGUUUUAACUCCACCUAUUAACACAGGAAUCACAUUCAUUUUCUUUCUUGAAGCUGCCGUCGUAAACACACCAGUUCUUUCACGACCCUCGUAUUCACUGUCUCAGACAACAUUUCUCCUUUCUUUUAGCUGACAUACAGGAUGACGAGCUCGCUGUCCUUGUCACUGAUGGCGUACUUUGCUGUUGUUGCAUGUGCUGCUGUCGACUUUCCCUUGGGAUUUAUGCCCUGCUCGACAUUUUUUCUCGAUUUGCACUUCUUUCAAAAUGUGCCGCUCCUCCACAUCAUUGGCAUACUUUACCUCUAGGUGGGCAGAUUGGAUCUCUUCCAUACAAUGAGUAUGUGCGAAUCGGCGUCAUGAAGUUGCACCUACCGGCCAUCGAUCGCUUUUCAACGUCAAGCGACUAACGAAUUGCGCAAUGGUUUCCCCAUCUUCCUGGACAAGUUCGCAAUCGAGUUUGUGAUUCAUGAAAGUUGUGUUAGGACGUACGAUAUUAGUGUACGUGUCUGUUUAAAGCAUUCACUGACCACUGCCAUUCGUAUUUUUGUUUGGUGCUACCCACGCAGUAACAUAUUUGAACGAAGAAAGUAAAAACAAAUACGAUCUGGAUUGAGCUACAGUCGAAUAUCUUCCAAACAGCCCACGGCCGAAAUGCGCAGAUAUUCCUGGCGAUUACGCAGACGUGAUUCAACACAAUAUGACCAGCAGGCUCUUAUUUUGGUGUACCUUUGUGGCCGUUCUGUCCUUGCCUUCAGCAAUAAGGACAUACACCAUAGAAGAGAAAUGUCCAGUCUUUAAUGAUGAAACCUGGAAAGCAAGAAAUUCUCGCUGUGAAGAAGGUAAAAAAUAUCAUUGUCAGGAUAAUGAGGAUGGGAAGAGGGAAGCUCAUGGCUGCUUUCGUGACAAAGUUUGCAAAAAAGGUGCUCACCCAGUCAUUGAAAAUGGACAGGUGAUAUGCUUGGAUUGUCCAGAAGGAUCUUACCAAAAGAAUGAACUUAUAUCCAGUCAGUAUACAUAUUCAAUGUGUUCACCUCAUAGUACUUGUGUGCCAUAUGAAAAGACAUUGUGCAAAGCAGGAACACAGGAGCAGGACACAAUGUGCAAGUGCUCUCAGUCUCACACACCUUCCCCAAAAGAGUGUGAUUGUUUUACAAACAAUGAUGUGUGUUACUGCAAACACAUUGGCUGCCCAAAUGGAACAUCAAUAAAUGAAGAUGGCUCAUGUAGUUCUCCUACAAUCCCUACACCCAGCCCUUCAACAAAUGAAACUUUGCCAGAACCAGGACUUAGUACUUUUUGGAAAAUUGCUUCUGUUAUAGCAGGGGGGAUUAUUAUUGCAUCUGCAGCAGCAUUUGGCAUCUACUGCUAUCGAAGACGCAGAAACUCAAACCCUGAAGGCCAAACAGACUCGCAGGUAUGCAAUGGUGGCCUACUAGCGAAAUGGUUGUAUCCUUGUUGUCUCAAAACUCGUGAGUCUACUGCAAGUCAAGACAGCCACGACAAGAUGCUAGAAAGUAUUAACAACAGACCCCUAAUAUACAUAGGAAGGGCGAGAAAUGUACACAUUUCAGCAUGUCCUAAUCAGAAUGGGCAUUGUGUGAACUUGAAUCAUGGUGGCGAAAGUGAUGAAACAAUCAAUCAGAUGAAUGACAGUGAAGAAGUUUCUCCUGACAUUGAAUCUUUCAAUAAUUCUCUGCUUCAUCAUGGUGGUGAAAGCAAUGGAUCAAUCAGUCAUUUGAAUACUAGCGAAGAAGUUCAUCUUGACAUGCUAGGAAAUCAAAUUCCUUUUCCAAUUCCAAUUCCGGUCUCGUCAGCCAUAGAUUCUUUGACUGAAACAGAUUCAGUACCCAGUGCUGGUCAAACUGUAUCUUGUGGAAGCCAAGAAGCAGGUAUUAGUGGCAGGCCUUUACAUGAAGAUGAUACAGUUCCAAAGAUGGUCUGUGAUAGGACACAGAGAAGUCAAGAAUCACACGUAUUCGAAGAACCUAAUGAAACUGACAAGCUACUGCACUGUCCUCUGAUAUAUAGGAUAAAUACCUAUAUUGACAUGUAGUAGAGGUAUGUUCAGCUCCUCAGCUGAAAGUAUAAUUAGUCUUUGGAAUUGUGACUAUUCUGGCACAGCCCUACUCUGAGAUGCAUAAGACCAACUCUGGUACAGAGUGCUCGAUGCUUCAUCACACCAGUGGCUGUUUGGUCACAAGUGACAGAGACUUAAAGCUGGUUGAAAAAUGUUGGUCCUUCAUUAAGCGCUGUUAAGCUCUAGACAGCAGUUACGGCCUAGAGGUGACAAGAGAGAUAUAUGGUGAUGCAGGGCUUCUGCUAAGGCUAAAUUCUUCAGAUUUUUGAGGGGUCCCUUUUCUUUGCCCAAAUUUGAAGGGGACCCCAUUGACGAAAAUUGAAGGGGUCCUCCGAACUUUUAAUGCGUACUGUAUGCAAUUUUUUGCGUAAGCAGAAGCCCUGGGUGAUGCAACGAACGUGUCUCGUGGGAAGGGAAACAACGAUCAGUGAUGGUAUAUCAACAGAUUCCUUACGUCAAGAACAUCAGAGGGUUUUCCAUGUGGCAAGAGACAUUCGUGCGUGUCGGACAAGUGUAGCGUAUUGUGUGUGAUGGUUAAACUUAAUUAGAGAUUCAUGAUACUUGGAUUAGCAAUAGGGAAUUGUAAACGGAACCCCUAGAAAACAAGCCAUAAUUGGGAUUUUGAGUAACAAUAUCUUUUGUCAUUUGCUGUGCAAAAACUCUUGAAUAAUAAUUUCUUGUUACACUAAAUUGCAUUAAGUCUAUUAUUGGGGAUGUACAGUGGGGGUUCAAAGUGAAUUGGAUCAUCAUUAUUAGCAAUUUAGUGUAUUUCGCAUACACAAUAACAUGUUGGUGUGGAUGAUGGCGGUAUUGAGAGUGUAAUCUGCUUGAGGACAGCAGUGAUUACAACACCUCUGAUCAUCUUGCAUACCCAUUCCUUGAAGGUCACAACCUUUUUACUGUUAGUUUGUCAUGGGGAUGUUGGGACUAGUUCAUCAUGAGACAGUUUAGUUUUACCCUGUUGAAGACCAUUCCAUCAUUGCAACUAGUUAACUCAGCAUGAUAGGAACUGAAGCUCAAACAAAUGGUAAAAAUGAGGGGUCCAGAGACAAGAAAGCAUAAUAAUUGCAGUAAAGUGAACAAGUGACACAAAUGUGGCUACACAGAGACCGUUAGCUUCAAGAUUUUUCCGAUGAUGUCAUGAUUUACAUAAUGAGAUGCUGAUAUCCCUCUUCAUUUGUCAUGUGAUAACUAUAAAUGGGAUAUAAAAUCACCCACAAUUAAGUGGGUCAGGAAUUUCUGAAUUGCUGAUGUUCUCAAACCAGAGACCACCAGGGUAAUUAAAGGGGCUUGUGUACUGGCUUUUAAAGAGGUACUAUGCCAGUGGACUCCACAACAAGCAGGAACUCCCAAUCCAUCUUCAAGGAGAGAACAUCCAAGAAACAGACCGCUUCACGUAUCUGGGGAGCAUAGUCAACAAGGAAGGUGGAGCGGAUGAUGAUAUCAAAAGCCGCAUC